AUGGAAAAGCAUCUACAAAAAAAUGAAAAAAUAUUAAUGAAAAAUCUAACCUCUUCUUCAAAUUUCUCUUCAUUUGUUGCCAAUGAACAUCUUAUUGUAGAUAUUCCAACUGCCGUAGUUGCCUCAAACAGUCUUGAAGUUGAAAGACAAAACGAAGAUGAUGAUAUUUCAUCAAUUGAACGAGAAAAGGACGUACAAGAUGAAAAUGAACAAAAUUCAUCAUCCUCAUUACCAUCCAUAUUAAAAUUCGAGAUAAUUAGAAUUCUGGUUUCGGCAUUUUUAAUGGUAAAUUUAAUUGUUUAUAUUAUUUAA